AGUCACCAGCGCGCGUUGUGGACUUCAAAUACCCUACUCGUCAUGGAACCGAAGCUUCUUCGGUACUCGAAGCUCGUUGACGAUUCGUCUUACUAUAGUAUACCCACCGGGCGCGAGUUCUUUGGGAAGACCGUUCUGAUAACAGGUGGAAAUUCUGGAAUCGGAUAUGCAUCGGCUAAGAUAUUCGCAAGCAAAGGCGCAGAGGUUAUUGUGACAUGCAGAACCCGGAUCAAAGCCCGAUUGACUGUCGAACAAAUAAAAUCGGAGCACGAAUAUGAAAGGACAUACAACACGCCUACUGCUUCAGACCUUAAACUGGUACCAAUGGAACUUGACUUGGCGUCAUUCGCGUCAGCAAUGGCGUUUAUCAACGAAUUCAAACGUCAACAACUGAAGCUGGACAUCAUGAUCUUAAACGCAGGCAUUGCAGGGGUUAAGAAAACAAUGACGUGUGACGGAAUAGAGUCUCACUUUCAAGUUAACUAUUUGACCCACUUCCUGAUUUGCCUGCAUCUAAUUCCGAUAAUUGACGAGUCGAAAGGGAUCGUGAUCACGAUUGCCAGCGAAGCUCACCGAGUCCUGGCCAAGUUCAAAGUCAAUAAUUUCCAAGGCGAAAAGAAGUACGGAAGAUUUGAAAUGUACGGAAAUUCAAAAUUAUUCCAGGUGAUGUCAGCAUUUGCAUUCGAGCGAAGACUACCUGGCAGCAACAUCAAAUUCGUAUGCUUGCAUCCUGGUCACGUUACGGACACUUCGCUGGGACAACAUAUCUCUGAUAUGUCAGUCUUGUACCUCAUGAGACAGUGUUUCUAUGCCGUCAGUGGUUGUCACGCGAGUGAUGUAGCCGAGAACAUCGUUGAGAUUUUAAAACAGAGGGAGUUUGAGUACCAUUCAGAUGUGUACUAUGAGUGUCGAACCCUCGUAGAAGCAAGCCCUGAUGCCAGGGAUGCUGGAAAGCAGGACCAACUGUGGGCAUAUAGUUUGAAUCUGUUGAAACUCUACUUACCGACUCUGCCACCGCAUUUUCAACAUUGGUAAUGAAAAUGAUAUGACAGUAUUGUAAAUUUAGCCUAAGAACAUACAUGAAAAAUGUAUAUUAUUAAUUAAAGUCAGGCCUGUGAUUAUGUUGCAGAGUAUUUACAUAUUGCUCUAAUGGUAUAUAAUGAAUGUACUCUUUCUCAGAAUAUAAUUUCACUACAAAUUUCAACACUGAUAGGCCUAUUAAAAUGACGGAUCUCGGAACAAUAACGUAAUUAUAUUUAUAUAUGAGGGAUUUUCAAGAAGAGUACCGGUAAUUGUUAUAUAAUUCAUAUAUAGGCUUAUAACAAGGUUGUGUGUAUGUAUCAAACUGCUUUAAUUUUUGCAAUGGUAAUGAGUGUAAAUAAUUUCGCUGUAUAGGCCUAAGUGUAAAUAAAUAAAUACCGGUAUAUGCCAAGACACUUUUUAUGAUUCCGUUUGGCUUUGAUAGUAGACUAUCAACUUUUAUUUGGCAAAAACAGUAACAUGCCUAAAUAUAGUCAUGAUAACAUCACAUCAUUACUAUAUAGGCACAUCAUAAUAUGGGCAUAAAACUUUUUUUUUUCAAAAUGGUAGAAACUCAAUAUGCAUACCAAUAUAGUAGGCCUAUUGUUUUUUUAAAUUUUAUUCUGAGUAAGUUGAUUGAAUUUAUUCGAUCGUAUAUUUUACUAUCUUGCACAGAAGAGAUUUCUGGAAAAGUAACCUCUUGGUAUCGUAUUUUAAUAUAAUAUACUGGAUUGAUUAGAUGAGAGGGCUGCCCUAAAAGGAAGUCAGACAUCGUCACACAAAGCGUUGUCAAGAUGAGCGAUACUGUAUUUCCAUCAAACAUUGCAUCAGAAUAAAGGGAAGAAAUAAGUUAUACUGUAUAAUAAUUUCCAAAAUACAGUUGAAUUUCUGACGUGCAAAGUUAUUAGACCGCAAAAAUCUUUUUCCAUAAUAAUUUAUAAAUAGUAUUUUUCGUAUGCAGUAUUUUGCUGUAGCGCCCCCUAUAAAUACAAUCGCUAUAUCUCAUGCCAUAUGUACAAUAAUAAGCUUGGUCAUGUCAUGGAGGAAUUAGUUUCUAAACUACCGUAAAUGCUCGAAUAAGCGCCGCGGCGCUUAAAACAAUUUUGGAGGCUUCAGUGCGGCGCUUAUUCGAGAGCGGCGCUUAUAAAAAAUGUCCGUUCCCAUAUUACAUAGUUUAGUAGGCCUAUCAUAGUACGUCGUUGUAAAUAAACGUUUAUAGAGAAAUG